UCACUUUUGGUUUUGAGCACUGUGAUAUGUAAUGACAGAAAGUAAUAAAAAAGAAAACAAAAUGAAUGACUUUUUGGUUUCAUUUUAGGAUUGGAGGGAAAAUCAUAGGAACAGGGUUCAGGAAUGACACAAAAGUCUCCAUUCUCGAAGACAAAACAACCCACAAUUAAACUCAACUCAAGCUGCCAUUGCUGCUAUUCUUGGGAUUGGAUGCUAUGAAGAUUCAAAACUGCCACACAAGUGUUUUGUUGCUCACUUUUGCUACUUUCAACAUUGUAUUAGGUGCAUUUGUGGGGGUAAACAUUGGCACUGAUGUCACUGAUCUACCAUCAGCUUCAAAUAUUGUUGCUACACUAAAAUCUCAUCAAAUUACUCAUGUGCGUCUCUACGACGCCAAUGCUCACAUGCUACAAGCCCUUUCAAACACCAGCAUUGAAGUACUCGUUGGUGUCACUGACAAAGAGAUACUAAGAAUCGGAGAAUCUCCAUCAGUUGCAGCAUCAUGGAUUAGCAAAAAUGUAGCAGCUUACAUGCCUCACACAAAUAUCACAACAAUAGCAGUCGGUAGUGAAGUUAUUACCUCAAUCCCAAAUAUUGCUCCUGUUCUUGUUCCUGCCAUGAAUCAUCUUCACAGUGCUUUGGUUGCUUCAAACCUUCAUUUUCGCGUCAAAGUUUCAACUCCUCAGUCCAUGGAUUUAAUUCCUAAGUCUUUUCCUCCUUCUACAGCCACCUUUAACUCAUCAUGGAACUCAACAAUUCACCAAAUCCUUCAGUUUUUGAAGAACACAAACUCUUCUUACAUGUUAAAUGCUUACCCUUAUUAUGGUUAUACUAAAGGAGACGGCAUUUUCCCUAUCGAAUAUGCUCUACUUCGUUCCCUUCCUGCAGUGAAGAAAAUUGUUGAUCCGAACACGCUGUUUCAUUAUGAUAGUAUGUUUGAUGCUAUGGUUGAUGCUACUUAUUAUUCUAUAAAAGCUUUAAAUUUCAAUGAUAUACCAAUUGUUGUCACAGAAACUGGUUGGCCGCGUUUAGGUGGAUCGCACGAACCGGAUGCUAAUUUAGAAAAUGCCGAGACUUACAAUAAUAAUUUGAUUAGGAGAGUACUUAAUGAUUCAGGCCCCCCUAGUCAACCUAAGGUAGCAAUUAAUACUUACAUAUAUGAAUUGUUUGAUGAAGACAAGAGAAUAGGACCUAUAUCUGAAAAGCAUUGGGGACUUUUUUAUACUACUAAUGGAAGUAAUCUUUACCCUUUGAGUUUUAGUGGUUCUAAUCAGAUAUUUGGAAAUUCUUCGGCGUCUUUUUGUGUGGCUAAAGAUGGUGCGGACGCUGAUAAGAUGGAAGCUGGUUUGGAUUGGGCUUGCGGACAAGGCCGGGCAAACUGUGGUUCUAUUCAAGCAGGAAAACCUUGCUAUUUCCCUAAUGAUGUGAAAAGCCAUGCUUCUUAUGCUUAUAACGAUUAUUAUCAAAAAAUGCGUAGUGUUGGAGGAACGUGUGACUUCGAUGAUACGGCUAUAAUAACUACCCAGGAUCCAAGUUAUGGAUCAUGUAUAUAUGCAGGAAGUUCUAACAUGAGCAUUGGUGGUGAUGGGAGCUUUUCUUCUAUGGCACUUGGACCUGUAGGACCUGUUGGUGCUGGAUUAAAGCUGCAAGUGUUGAGUCUUCACUAUGUAUUCUCUUGUACUAGUUUACUUUUGCCUCUGAUGUUGUUAUGACCAGAGAGUUUAUUUCCUUUUAGCUUGUAAUUCAAUGGUUAUUGUGUUCCAUCUUUUAUUGUAUGGUGUAAGAAGAUAACAAACGGGGUAUAGCAAUUUUUAUUUUUGCUACUUAUUUUGAGGUAAUGGGGAAUUUAUUGUGCAAUUUUUUAUUUUGCUA